AUGUCCAGACCGCAUCGAACCACUACUACCCACAUUACCAGAGUCACCGAGACUCUCAGGGACAACAUGACGUCCAAGCGCACAGAAGAGGUCAUCAUCACCAAGUCAACGAGCUCGACAACAUCCUCCUUGAUGAUGAAUAUGUCCCAACAGAGCAACGGAGGACUCGAACGGAAAUCCAAGGCGAACACCAGCAACGAUGAUGUGAUGCGCCGAUUCCUGGAGGACCGGGACCAUGUCAUCGAUAGAUUACACAGGGACAGUGGGGAUCGACGAAGCGCAGUGGGGAGUGUCGAUGUCCACAAUGCUGGUGUCAGGAAAAGGACCGAAGAAUAUGUCAAGGUGAUCGAGCGGAAACCCUGUCGGAUGUGA